GAUUGUAUAUAUAUAUAUUAUAUUAGGAGGAGGAGGAGGAGGAGGAGGAGGAGGAUGACAAGGGCAAACAUGGCAGGGCAGUUUGGGGACACAACUCACACCAAAGUGUUUGUAGGGGGAUUGGCAUGGGAGACUCAGAGAGAAACCAUGAAGAAGUACUUUGAGCAGUUUGGGGAGAUCUUGGAAGCAGUGGUCAUCACUGACAAGAACACUGGUAGAUCCAAAGGAUAUGGAUUUGUGACUUUCCGAGAGCCGGAAGCGGCGAUGAGAGCUUGCUUCGAUGCGGCGCCGGUGAUUGAUGGAAGGAGAGCUAAUUGCAACCUUGCUUCACUUGGUGUUCAAAGAUCUAGACCUACUACUCCUCAACAUGGAGGGAAUAGGAGCUUUAGGGGGAUGAAGGCUUUUCACAGUGGAGGAGGAAUACAUGGUGGGAUGGGAACAGCUUUUCCAUCACCUGCCACCUUCCCUCAUUAUGCCAUCCAGCAAGGGAUUCCCUACAAUGUCUAUGGGUACUCUACAUACUCUCCAGAUUACACUUACCCCACGAAUUACUACAAUGUGUAUGGAGGAACAACUGGGCAGUAUCCAGCAAUGUAUGGAGGAGCAACUGGUUUAGUGACUGGAGCAACAGCAUUCUAUCCAUAUUUCCAGUUUGGGCAAGGAAAUGGAGCUUAUGGUCAUGGCCAAAGCUAUGGUGUUCAAUAUCCUCAAGUGUUCCAGUACUCAGCAAUGGCAUCGGCCACCGGAGUUACCGGUUUUGCUCAACAUUAUGGAGGUCCUAUGUCCACCAUUGCUCCUACCACUCCUGCACAACCAGGCAUGACAAUGGCACUCCCUGCAGCUCCAACUCUGGCAACUCCAACAGCUCAUCAGCAUUACAGACUCAUCACUUCACACUUCUCUCAAUCAACUGCACCAGAGCAACCCUUGGCUUAACCAUGGUUAACUUCUUUUUCCUCUCUCUCUCUCUCUCUCUCUCUCUCUCUCUCUUCACUGCGUCCUUGUUCAUCUCCCUAUCUAACAGCAUCAUGUGAGGAAGAAGAAGGAGAAGAAGAAGAGCUGGUCUUCCUUCUUUCCUUCCUUCUUUCCAAGUUUAGUCCAACAAGGGCUAAGAGAUUUAAAUAUAUGCAACUCAUGCAUGCAUGCAUUGUUGGGUAACUUUAUCUUCUCUGGUUAAACCCUUGGGUUAGGGCUUAACUAGGGUUUAAACACACCAUCCAACACCUAAACUUGAAAGCUUUGUUAGCUUUCUUUCCAACAAGACACACACAUAUCACCACCUUUGGCCAUUGUUGUGCCAACUUCAAACCACACUAACAAACCCUAAUUAUCUCAACUUGAACAACUUAAAAGACAUAAAAAAAAGACAAAUAAUCAAUCUACACUUGCACAAUGAGUGAACUAUUACAGUACUCCAUUCUGCAAGAUUUGACUUCUUUUAAUCUUUUUGCUAUAAUAUCUUCAUUCUUAGCUACUCUUGUGAUAUCUAACCCUAAAUGCCUAUGGUUGGCACUGACAUUGAAUCAACAACCAUUACUGACCAAGCACCACUCACUUCUUAGCUUACCUUAUGGCAAAAGGUAAGAUGAACACUAACCCCCCCUGCCACUUUUCUUUUGUUCUUUGUUUAUGCAUUCAUGUGAGUUAAGGCUUCAAGGGGAGUCUUAGCUUCUCACUAACAUAUAUGAGCUUUUGCUUAUUUUUGGCUUCUAGCUCUACUUUCAUGUCUCUAACUUUAGUUGAGCUCCAUGGAUGGCCAUGGAGCUCCAAGGCCAUUAGGGAAUGUUUCCUAUGGACUCCAGGGAGAUAUUUUUUUGUUUCUUGGGUCCCCCCUUCUCUCUCUCUCUCUCUCUCACUCUCUCUCCAACCACACCAUGGUUAAGUUCAAGAGCUCUUUCUCUGUCUCUCUCCUCCUUUCUUUCUUUUCUUUAUCUCAUGGACUACUACUUUUUUCUGAACUUUAAUGCAUUUCUAUGUGUACUGUUCUAAGGAAUGAUGAUGAUCACUUAUAUAUAUAUGAACUUUUCUAAGUAAUGGGUUGUAAUAGCAGGUAGGUAUGAACUAUGAAGUACUAGCUGAUACUAUUUUUCAUUCCCAGUGA